UUAUCGGAUCCGGCCCGUUAAAGUUCAUGAAAGGGCAACCCUGUAAUGUUACUGCAUAAUAUUCUGCGUUGUGGCCAUAUGUUGACCUUAAUGCCCUCUUUCCUUCUCGCAUCGGCGGUCAUCUCCUCCAUUUCGCUUCUGCCCUUUUGCCCUCUUCCUUCCCCAAACCCUUCCUUUUCUUCCCUUCCUCGCCUUCUAAAUCCCUUCUCCCUCCCUUCAAAUCUCUUCUCCUCCUCCUCUUCCUCCCUCCUUCCCGCGUACUGAAGGAGGCUCCAAACGAGCCCUAGAUUUCCUUCUCCUUCUCGACUUCGCCUGGCGUGUCCCGGCUGGUUCUGCGUCGUUUUGCGACGCCUUUCGCGUUCCCUCAUCAAAUAUCGGAUCUUGGCGGCCUUCCUUCGAGGCUGGUGGUCUUCGAGUUAGCAUUUAGCGUGUACGAGGCUUAACAAUGGCCGACCAUGAUUUGGUUCUUGGAAAUCCUGGUUUAGCUCUCGGCCAGAACCACGAGCUAGUUAUUGGUGAAGGCCAGGGUUUAGGCCUUGGACAUAGACAUGGUCUGGUUCUUAGCCACCCCCAUGAUCAUGACCUCGAUCUAGGCCAAUCCCACAGUCAUGAUCUUGCACUUGGACAUUCAAAUGAGAGUCAACUAGUUUUGGGGCACCAUCACCAUCAGCACCACCACGACCAUGGCCAUGACGACGGCGAGGAGCUGGCUUUAGGACAGAAUCAUGACGCUGAUCAAGAUAGCCUUGCACAGAGUCACGAGUUGGGUAUAUCAGACAACCAUGAGUUGACUCUUGCUGAAACCCAUGAUCUCAGCGUUGAUCAUAGCUUGGACCAGCUAUCCGUGGACCAUGAGCAGGAGCUUGCCCUUGGAUUGACACAAGAGAUGUUGCAGGGUCAGCUAGUAGUGUCACAGGUGUUGCAGGCCCGAGCGGUGGUUGUGAGUCCGGACCACCAGCUCACUGUGGGACAGGAGUUUGCUGAUGUCAAGAGCUGUCGGCGAGCUAUACGGGACACAGCCAUUGCUUGCCACUUUGAAAUUCAAACUGUUAAGUCAGAUAAGACACGCUUCACAGCAAGGUGUGCCGCUGAGGGUUGCCCAUGGCGCAUUCAUGCAGCAAAGCUCACUGGUGUGCCAAACUUCACUAUCAGGACCAUCAAUGAGACACAUACAUGCAGCGGAAUUUACCAUCUCGGGCAUCAACAGGCAUCAGUUGAGUGGGUGGCAAAUUCUGUUGAGGAACAGCUUCGGGAGAACCCACACUACAAGCCAAAGGAGAUACUAGAAGAGAUCCACCGUAUGCAUGGAAUAACAUUGUCAUACAAGCAAGCCUGGAGAGGAAAGGAGAGGAUUAUGGCUACAGUUCGUGGCUCCUUUGAAGAAGGGUAUCGGCUCUUACCACAGUAUUGUGAACAAAUUAAGAGGACAAACCCAGGAAGCAUUGCAAGUGUAUACAAAAAUCCAGAAGAUGAUUGUUUUCAACGACUGUUCAUCUCAUUCUACGCUUCAAUAUAUGGUUUUGUAAAUGCCUGCCGACCACUGAUUGGGUUAGAUAAGACUGUUUUAAAGAGCAAAUAUCUGGGAACCUUACUCCUGGCCACUGGAUUUGAUGGAGAUGGUGCUCUAUUCCCUCUAGCUUUUGGGGUGGUUGAUGAGGCAAGCGAUGAAAAUUGGAUAUGGUUUUUGUCUGAAUUGCAUGCUUUACUUGAGGCCAAUACAGAGAACAUGCCAAGGCUCACAAUUUUGUCAGAUAGGCAGAAAGGAAUUGUAGAUGGUGUCGACUUCAACUUCCCAACUGCCUUCCAUGGAUUCUGCAUGCACCAUCUCACUGAGAGUUUCCGCAAAGAGUUCAGCAACUCUGCACUUGUUGAUAUCUUCUGGGGAGCUGCUCAUGCUCUCACAGAUUAUGAAUUUGAUGCUAAAAUGAGAGAAAUUGAGCAAAUAUCACCCGAAGCUGCCUUCUGGAUUGGAAGGAUUCCACCGCGUCUUUGGGCAACUGCCUACUUUGAGGGAACACGAUUCGGACACCUGACAGCAAAUAUUGUCGAGUCGAUUAAUGGUUGGAUACUUGAAGCUUCUUCACUCCCAAUAAUCCAGAUGAUGGAGUACAUCAGGCGGCAAUUAAUGACUUGGUUUAAUGAGCGACGUGAAGCAAGCAUGCAGUGGGGGACAAUCCUCGUGCCUUCAGCUGAACGGCGUGUCUCUGAUGCAAUAGAACAUGCAAGAGGCUAUCAGGUUGGAAGGGCAAAUGAAGCGGAGUUCGAAGUUGUUUCUCCUCGCGAAGGCAGCAUAAUUGUGGACAUCCGCAACCGCUGUUGCCUUUGCCGAGGUUGGCAGCUCUAUGGCUUGCCCUGUGCUCAUGGAGUGGCUGCACUUCUCUCUUGUCGACAGAAUGUUCAUCGCUACACUGAGAGCUGCUUCACUGUGGCAACAUAUCGGAAGGCAUAUUCGCAGACUAUACAUCCAAUUCCAGACAAGAGCCUUUGGAAGGAAAUGUCUGACUCAAAUCAAAAUGCCAAUAAUCAGAUUGCCUUGGUAGUUAAUCCACCCAAGUCACUUAGGCCACCCACAAAGCCAAGAAAGAAGAGAGUUCGCUCGGAAGAUCAAGGACGGGCUAAGCGAAUCGUGCAUUGUAGCCGAUGCAAUCAAACAGGUCACUUCCGAACAACAUGUGCAGCGCCUGUAUAAUACAUUGUUGGCAUUCGGGUAGUCAGUAUCCUCUCCUUUUCGUAUAUAUAGAUUAUGGUAGACUGAUAGGCUUCAAGAGGAGUUAAUUUGAGUUUUUUUCUUCAAUGGUAGACUGUUAGGUGUCUCAUCCUCUAGGGUAUAGUAAGGACCUUCAUCAUUGUAUUAGCAUAUUGUUUGUCUGCUUAUUUAUUUCAGGACUCCUUAAGAUAUAGUGUCUGUUUUUCUUUUUGUUUGUUUUAUCUGCUUCAAGGACCAUCUAAUAAAGUUUUGCAUUUGAACUGGUAAAUCCUGUAUCUAUUUUUUGUUCCAGAUGGACAACUUUUUCUCCC